UCACCUUUGAAUUGCCAUUUGGUGGUCAUCUAUUAUAUAGUAAGCAACAUGGCCGGUCGCUGUCUCGUUCUUGCUGUCGGUGUUGUGUCACUAUUUUAUAGUGUCCGUGGACAGGUCAUAUCACGUGGACCGUGUCCAACUGUUGUGGUACAACCAGACUUCAACGUUGACAAAUAUACUGGUUCGUGGUACGAGAUUGAAAGAUUUCCAGCCUCGUUUGAAUCUGGUCUGAAAUGCAAUAAUGCUACGUACUGGUUGAAACAAGACGGCACUAUUGGGGUAAUCAACAGUGGAAUAGACAUCGUGACCGGUGAACGAACCUCGGUUGAAGGCAAUGCCUGGGUGCCAGACCCUAACGUGCCGGCUAAGCUGAAAGUGAAAUUCCGAUGGUGGGUGCCGGCGGGUGACUACUGGGUUCUGAGGACCGAUUACAACACUUAUUCUGUAGUGUACUCUUGUGACGAUUUCAUGUUCGGAUUCAUCAAAAUGGAAUUUGCUUGGAUUCUUAGCCGUGAUCGUAUCCUAAAUACUGGUACCCUGACAGACAUCAAACGAGAUAUACAAGAUCGUGGUAUUGAUAUCAGUAACUUCCUAUCCACUGACCAAAUUGGUUGUGAUGCUAAAGAUAACACUUUGAAAUAUAAACCAUUGGGCGAGGGUCAGUCAGUCAUCUAUACAUAGAAGCCCGAAAUUGUAGAUUUCAUAAGUCACAUUAUUUUACGUCGAAAGAAAUACAGUGACGUCACGGUUAAGUUAGACGUUCCCUCCAAUCUGUCUGUCAUUGCCGUUCUGUCGUUUUCAGUGUUACUUUUUAUUAUACCCGAGAGCUUAGUAGCAGAGCAGCAAGAGAUUGAAGUAGGCUCAUUAAUAUAUCAUACACAAACUAAAACAGCAUAAAACGUGGACUUGAAAUUAUCUGCGCAAGUUUUAUA